AUGGGCUCUAGCACAUCCAUCACUCACACCAAUCCAUCCUUAAUGGUGGUGAGGAAACAUAAAAGACAUUCAGCUCAUCAUUAUGAAAAACACUCUCAACAACAAGAACAUUACUCUGGGAAUGUUACACAGUCCUUGAAUUUAUCCAAUCCUUCAACUAGUUGUUCUUCACCACAACAUUCGAAAUAUGUCCACAACAGUGUUGAUGAGCUUGUCUUUUCAACGAAUAAGCCACCCCUUCAGCUGAAUAAUACCCAACAAUUAAAUACCCAUAGACUUCAGCAUGAGGAUGAUAAUUAUCAUUCUUCGCCCAAUUAUAAUUUGCAACACAUUAAUCAUUCACAGCAAUCACAAAUUGCUUCACCGACUAGUAGUAGAGUGAUGCUUAAUUCACCACCAACUCCCACCACCAACAAGAAAACACUCCUAACAACUUCUAUUGAUGAUUGUUUGCCUGAUGCAGACCUAACCAGAAGAGGGCACGUUGUGUUGCCUCAAAUUCAAGCAACAGCAACAUCACCACAACCACCUUUAAAAAUUCAAAGAGAGAAUUCUAUACCCACUAAUAGUAAGGAUUCGAAUUCGCCGAAAUUAACAACCUCCUUAUCGAAUGAAACAUUCUAUUCAGAGAACCACAGUGAAAUAAGUCCCCCUGAUCCAUUUCAGUCUUCACAAAAGGGAGCUCCCUCCAAACUUUCCUCAACCAAUUCUAAUCAACAAGAAAAAGAUUCUUCACCACCUAGUAAGGAAACCUUUACUCCAGUAGUUGCUUUUAGUCCAACCGUUACUGAUAUUGAAGAUGAUUCAAAGGCAAUUUACAUGCAUCCAUAUCAUGGAAGCUUACCUCCCCGUAGUCCAAGCAAUUCAACAUGCUCUUCAAAGACCUCUUCAAGCAAUUGCAGCGCUUUUUCAUCUCCUAAAGAGAAGAUAACAUCCCCUUCUCAUUCAUCAUCGUACAAUACCACAUCAGCUACAUACUCAUCUUCACCAUCACCAUCAUCAACAACAUCAGGAGUUGCAACUAGCUCUUCUCCAACUACACUCAUCCAACCAUCAUCAACAACAUCUGUUAAUGCAUCUAACACAACACCAGAAACUAUAACAUCCACACCAAUAAUCUCAAAAGAAACACCCAAACCAACCAUUGAGAUCAGUAAAAUAUCGAAUGCUGCCCCGACUACGUCUUCGCCAAUUUCUAAAGAUAAAUUAAAGAGAGCUAGACCUCUUUCUGCAACCAAAAAUCCACUGGUUCAAUCUCUUACAUUGGAAAAAUUUAAAGACGAUUUAGCUAUUGGAAGAAAAUCCAAAUCAAAUAUCAUUUCAGAUAAUUCAGUCAAGGUAGCAUACAGCUCUUCACUAACUAGAUCAGUGGAAGAACCAUUUAAAUUCACAAAUCCUAUAAAAACAAAGAACAGAUCAACUAGUGUCAACUCGAGAAGUGUUGCACUGUCUCCAAAGAAGAGUUCAAAAUUGUAUGAUGAAGAUGACAUGGUAAUGAUGGACACACCACCGGCCAUGUUCAAUAGAUUUGAAUUACAAAAACAAUUAAUGAAUACCGAUCAAAAGAGUAAGGAAAUGAAGAUUGAUUUGAGGAGUAGUGUCACUCUUGAUAAUCACCGAGACGUGUUGUCAAUGUUUUCUCACAAACAUCAACAAAAGGAUAAAGGAGGUGUUUCAUCUCCAAUUACCUCUCCAACUAGACACCAUUCUCCUUUGAAUUCUAGUAAUGACGAUUUUGAAAAUAUUGGCAAUGAAGAGAUUCGAAUCUUCGUCACACCACCAACAUUCCUUCCAGACUUGAGCCAUUUAAAUUUGACUCAUUUACAAUUGAGAAUGUUAUCGAAUGAAAGAUCGCAAAAGAGAAAAAUGGCAAGAUCCAACAAGAGAGAAAGUACCUUUAGUUUGAAUGGAAUAAAGUUUGAUUAA